AUGGAAAUAAAACAAGAAGCUGGCGAGAAAACUUGUAAAAUAAAAAAAGAGAAUGGGGCGUGUGACGAUUCUUUGGAUGCCUUCAAAAUUGAAAUUAAGGAAGAACCUAAGACAGAAAGUGCAUACGAUACGUUUGAUCAUUUAGACUCAAAUAUUUUCUCUGUAAAUACAAAAGUAGAACAAGAUGAACAUAAAUUUACACUGUUUGAAGAAAAACAAACCACAAAUGAAGAAGGUAAAUAA